AUGCUCUCCAGCACCAUCAUUUCGACGUGGACGUCCACUACCGCGACCGAAGCCUGGCUCACCAGCCUGGACCCGCACUCAGCCAACAGCGACGAAGAAAAAGCGCGCAUCCUGACCGAAGCCGCGUACGCGAAGAAAUUUAGUUGGUCGACUUAUAAUGUGCGGGCUGGGUUCUUCUCGACUACUUGGACGGCUUGCAAUCAGGAGGUUCAGGCUGAGCAUAAGACUAGUGCUUCUUGUGAGGGAUUCGGGACUUCGGAUCAGGGUGGUGAUGUUGUUGAGGAUGGGAAGCUGAGGAUGGGAAACAGAGGAUGGGAAACUGAGGAUGGGAAGUUGGGGCUUGAGGUGGAGGAUGUUGAGGUGGAGGUAGAGAGAGUGGUGUUGCUAUAA